UGUUUUUACCCUGUAAUGUAGACUACGUGAUCAAAGAUGGCAGCGCCAUGUGGACAAUCGCCGCACAGCGUCGAAAUUCAUUUUGCUCAGAGACUUGCUUCAAAUGAAAAGAAAAUACGCGACAGGGCAAUCAAACGAUUGAGACACUGGAUAGCCGCAAGAUCUCAAAAGAAUGGCAAUAUCAGUAAUGAUGAGCUCAUGAAGUUAUGGAAGGGUUUAUUUUACUGUAUGUGGAUGUGUGAUAAACCAGUCAUCCAAGAGGAGCUUGCUGAUCAAAUCUCAGACAUGGCUCACUGCUUCAGACGCCCAGGAGAAGCUUGCCUGUUUUAUGAAACCUUCCUUGCUACCAUGCGCCGUGAGUGGAUUGGUAUUGAUCAUCUUCGCAUGGACAAGUAUCUCAUGCUUAUAAGACGCAGUUUCCGUCAGAUGCUGGUCGUACUUCAUAACAACGAAUGGGAGGAAGAAUUGGUCAAGUUGUUUCUGAUGUCAUUAAGUCGCUGCGCCCUGAACCCUGACAUGGACGCAUGUCCUGACGGCCUCCGUUACCAGCUUGCUAACGUUUACCUGGAUGAGCUCGCAAGGGAAGGCACAGAGGAUCUGAGUCCCCAGCAAGCAUCAACAUUCCUAUUCCCUUAUGCAGAAUUGGUUGCAAAGACUCUAAAUAAGAAGCUACGUGAUGUGAUCCUUCAGGAUAUCUUCCAGGAUGUGGUUGAAAGAUCAAGUGUUGGAGAGGCUGAAGAAGACGAGGAUGAAGGGAUUGCUUCGGAUGAGGACAGAAACAAGACUUCAAAGAAAGCUGUAAAGCAGAGGAAAAGGAAGAGGAAAGGAAAAUUCGAUGAUGAAGAAGAUGAUGAGGAUGAAGAAGAAGAAGAGGAGGAAGAUGAUGUUGAUAUUUUAGAGAAAGUCAUGUUUCCAGAGGAGAUGGUCCCGCCUCUUGAGUAUGAUUAUGCGAUGAUUGCUGACAAGUUGUUUGAGCUCGCCAGUGAGAAGAACAUUCCAACCCGUAACAGAAAACCAAUCUACAGAAUGGUCAAAAGGUUCCAGAGUUUGGCAAAAGGAGUGUUCCCGAUGCCGGACCUCCUGAAAGAGAUCCGGGAAGACAAGGACACCGACUACCUAAAGGAGGAACUCCCCUGGUGGAAGAAACUACAGGAGAAGGAGAAGAGGAAGAACAGGAGGAGGAAGAGGAGGAGGGGAAAGAAAGGUGGUAAAGGUGAAGGAGAAGGUGGAGGUGAUGAUGAUGAUGGGGAGGAGGAUGAAGAAGAAGAGAUUGUGGUGAAGAAGAAAAAGAAGGUACAACAGGAAGAUGAGGAGGAGAUGGAGACGGACAGCAAGAAAAAGAUAAAGAAGCAGAAAAAGAAGGAGAAAAUGAUGACCAUGACUGAGGAAUCCAAGGAAGAAGACUCAGAAAGCCUUGCUCCUGCUGAUGUUGACUCUCAAUUCACAGAGUUGAAAUCAACGAGCGCAAAAGGAAAGAAUAAGAAAGGAAAACGGAAAGGUGAGGACAAAACAAUUGUUGAAGAACCUGUCCUGUCAGAAACUGCAUUCGCUGGAGAGGAUGCGGAAUCAGAGCCAAGCCCUAGCAUCAAAGACGGAAACCAGAAGAGGAAGAAGAAAAAGGGAAAGGCUAAAAUCACCGAUGUGAACCUAGAAUUGUCUGAAGGAUCUCAAACCAACAGUGACAUUGACUCUUGUCUUGGAGAAAACAAAUCAGACACUGAGAGAAUCGAUGGUUCGGCACUUGUCGACCCUCACACUCCAAGGACAAAAUCUAAAAAGAAAGGGAAGAAGAAGGGUUUGGCUUUGAGUGGGGACACUGAAGAUAGCAAUGAACUGGGUUUGAACAUUGUAUCAAAAGCCACAGAAGUUAUAUCACCACAGAACGAGGGGUCACCCAAGCCAUUCGCAGCUUUUGACAAGGUCUCUACCCCUGUCGCCUACGUGAAGAAGGCCAAGAAGAUGACGGAACCCAGUACACUUCCAAGAACAAAGGCAAAGAGUCGUGUGGAGACACAGUUCUCCCCACCAAUGACAAGAAAGAGAGUGAAGAUAGCAUUGUCUAAGAAUGAAUUCCAGCCUGCCACUGACUAUAAGCAGAGGAUCAAACAGAGUCCAGGCGUCCCAUUCGAUGGAACUAAGAAGCCAGCAUUCUCUGUGCUGAAGCAGACACCCCCAAAGUCAGAGGUCAGGGUGCCAAAGGUCAAAGGGUCAUCAAAGAAGCAAGGCAAGGUUGGCAAGAGACCUAAGGCCAAAGACUUCUUUUGAUCACACGGUCAGAGAUUGGGGGGAGGGGGUCAAAGGGUCAUCAGGGAAGAAAGGCAAGAUUUGACUGAGGAGACCUAAAGCUACACACUUUUUCUGAUCAGAAGGUCAGAGGUCAGGGGGUCAAAGUUGAAAGGGUCAACAAAGAACUAACGAAGCAAGGAAAAUGAUAGCAAGAGGAAGCCUAAAGCUACAGACUUUUCAUAUGAUUUGGAUGUAUUAUUUUCAAUUUGAUUUCUUGUUCAUUAGAUAGUUUUAUUUCAAGCAAACGUAAUGAUGAUUAUGUCCACAUGUAAACAGUAAGGAGCUAUCUUUUUUGCAUGGGAUUGCAUUUGUGACAGUAAAAUUGGCUAAUGAACAGUCUGUGCAUGAAUCAACUCAUUGGUCUGUCGCUAGCCCAUAUGACAGUUUACGAUUAGUCAAGGCAGG